AUGGGGAUUCUUCAGGAAGCUCACAACGUGAGGGUGCUGGGGAGCGGCAACCCGACGGUGGUGUUGGCACACGGAUUCGGAACAGACCAGUCGGUGUGGAAGCACCUGGUGCCGCACCUGGUAGGGGAUCACCGGGUAGUUCUCUAUGACAACAUGGGGGCCGGGCCGACCAACCCAGACUACUUCGACUUCGAACGUUACGCCACCAUCGAGGGCUACGCCUACGACCUGCUCGCCAUCCUCGAGGAGCUCCGGAUCACCUCCUGCAUCUUCGUCGGCCACUCCGUCUCCGCCAUCAUCGGUCUCCUCGCCUCCAUCUCCCGCCCGGAUCUCUUCUCCAAGAUCGUCACGGUCUCCGCAUCCCCUAGGUAUGAUUCCUGUCUUCGCCCGCAAACCAUGGUAUCUGAAUACAGCAAUCCGCCCGUUUCCUCUAAUUUCUCCGGAUAAUUUAAUCAUCUCACGAAGAAAGUUCGAGCUCUUCUGCCUUCGCCCCGAUCUUAACUCAAUACAAUUACUCCGAGUCCCCGGGGAUCUGGAAGAGACUUCUCCUAGCCUGUUUUUUCCCCCUUGUUGUUUGUCGAUCUGCUUGCUAUUUUUUAUUAUCAUUAUUUUUUUAGAAGGCUUUUUGAUGACCGAGCAGUCUUAUCAUGUAGAAUGCAAAAUUUUCCGAUUCCUGUCAUUCAAUCAUAUCAUCUUUAACUUUGCUAAGCCCCCCAGUCAGGAUUUAGUUGAUGGAAUAGAAACCAUCGCUAACUUUUUCGUCUUUGCCAACUCAAGUCGAGAUUCUCCAGCCGAGGCACGGCCCCUUCUUCGGCAUCGAUCAUACCUAAUUUUAUCAAGUUUCCGAAGAAUAAACAGAUUUCAGAACUAAAAGUUGUGUAUAACGCAUAUUUUUUUGCGCGGAUCAUCUUCAACCCAGAUGACCCAAGGAUUUUAAGUCCGAACGGUGAGGGUAGGCGAUCGAUCGUUGACUUUGGUCCGCACUGGCCGAAAUCCCCGUUCACCACCAUCGUACCGCGUAUUUUGACAUUAUGACGAUCAAAUAUCCCCAUUCCUCACAUCGGAGAGAACGGGCGUUGCGCAGGUACCUGAACGACGUAGAUUACUUCGGGGGGUUCGAGCAGGGGGAGCUGAACCAGCUCUUCGAGGCCAUGAAAUCCAACUACAAGGCGUGGGUGUCGGGGUUCGCCCCCUUGGCCGUCGGCGACGACUUGAACUCGGUGGCGGUUCAGGAGUUCAGCCGGACGCUGUUCAACAUCCGGCCAGAUAUCGCGCUGAACGUGGCCCAGACGAUCUUCAUGUGCGAUCUGAGGCAGUACCUGGGGAUGGUCACCGUACCCUGCCACAUCCUUCAGAGCUCGAAGGACCUGGCCGUGCCCGUCGUCGUCUCCGAGUACCUCCACCGUCACCUCCGCUGCAUGUCCAUCGUCGAGGUCAUGAGCUCGGAGGGCCACCUACCGCAGCUGAGCUCCCCCGAUAUCGUCAUCCCUGUUCUUCUCAAACACAUAAAGUACGACAUCGCUCUAUGA